UCUCGGGUUUUGUUGCAAACAAAAGUGGCACUUGUUGGACAGUCUGUUGAAGCGCCAAAGCAACGCACUUUCGCUAGUUUGUGUUUGUGAUUUAUUUACUGGCAAGAAAUUUGAUUUUGCCAGUAAACAAUCGGAGCUUUUAUAGAAAAGUGAAAUCACCACCACUCGAUUACUCCAGGUGUCUAAUCGUGAAGUGUUUGUUUUGAGCGGUGAAUCGUUGCAAAGUCCUGAACAAGUGUGCGAAUUAUGUUGGAAUUUUUAAAUUUUUAUUGAAUUACACAAAUCCAUACUUCCACGCUUCUUCGACCUUCCCAAAAAAAAAAACCAGCGUGCAGCGAUAGUGCUUGUGUGCGUGUAGUAAACGUUAAUGAUAUUGUGGAUGAGCAGUGUCUUGUACGCGAUCGUUUGUGCCGAGCCGAGCAGAGUAUUGUGCCGAUUACCCCACUUACGCACUCAUCGUCUAAACCGUCGACAGCCACUCGACGACUCGUUGACUGUGGACGCUGAUAAGCACAAUAUCGGAAUCGAAUGAUUCCGCAACAAUUUCCAUCAGCUGAGCGUGGUCCACAGUGGUUCGUCACCCGUCAUCAACCUUGCCGAGCGGCUGCUGAUACUGAUUAGGGCACGAGUAUUGCCUUGGGUGGGAGGUUAAAGUACUGAGCCCUUCGCGUACCCUACGCGUGAUCGUGCGAACGUGCGGAAGUGAACAGUGUGCGUGUGUGUGUGAGUGUGUUUGUUAGGGAACUCCGUCGGCUACGCGAACCCAUCGUACACAGGCUAAAGGGCUAAAGGCACGCAUCGAAAACAAACAAAACAACAAGCACGCCGUGUUGGCUGGUACGGCGAGCUACGGUUCACCUAUGCGAAUCUUACCGUCGUUGGUUUGAUUUUCGGAGGCAAAACAGUUUCGAAGGGGCAGCGAACGUACAUCAAACACGCCGACUCAUCCACUUGCAACGAGAGACCCUGUGUUCCCAGAGUUAUCUCUAUCCACCCUUAAGACUACCUUGAACCACCGAAACAGCAAAUCCAUUAGCGUACGUGCGCCAUUCUCUCUGCGGACCAUCUUGCGGAAAUGCAACGAGCGCUUUCCAUCGAAUCGAAACCACGUCGCCCGGAGUGCAUUUUCCCGAAAUAGAUUCGCCUCACCUUGCACUGCGCUUCUGCCGUAGUUCUCGAGCGCAUUACGAGGAUUAGCAUCGCGCUUAUGCUCUUAAGCAAAGCGUUCGCUCACACCGGCACUACCAACAACAACAAGCUGCUACGCUCCUAACGAGCGCUGAGCAUCAGGAGCGAGGACAAAAACAAAUCAAUAGGUCUGUUUCAUUAUUAAUAAGCCGGUUUUUGUGAGCCGUGGGCUCUGCAUGCGGUGCGGCUGAGAGCGGCAUGUAAGUUGAACGUGGAAAGAUCGCAAAAACACAUCCAGCACAACGCCGACAUCGCAACGCUGGCGGGAAUCGUAUGAAGAAGCGUGAAAAUUAUUCCCACACCGAAAUGGAUCGAUAAAGGCUGAGAAAGAAGCUAUCGAUUUGCUGCAAGCCAUUUAUAGCUAAUGAAAGAAACGGUUUGAUGUACGGGCGACAAAAUAGCAACCGGAUCGAUCGAAACGUGUAAACCAUCGACGCCUGAAACUUGGGCACAAUAACAAUAAAAAAGAGUUGCUUUACAAAGCGCUCAAAUCCCCCGGCGAGAAGUGUUGCAGAAGAACGGAAAAGUCUUUUUAUAUCUAACGAAACGUAACAUGACAAUAAAUCCAGUACCUUACAACUACUUUUAAUAUUGCUCUUGCAAAAUCUUCACACCGCUCGUCCGGUGGUACGUACCGAGUGAGGGCACGGUCACGAAUUGGCAGUUUAUAAAAACGAGCUCAACGAACAACGCGUACAUGGCGUACAGCUAAAACUUAUCCACCAAAUAUAAGGGAUACAAAACGAAAACGAGUGGCACAAGCUUAUACCAAAGUUCCACGACGAGGAAAAGUUUUGAUAAGUAGAAAAGUCAUCAUCACCACGUGAUCGUGCCAACGCAAGCCAUCAAACCAACGAAAAUGGAUCUGAAACAUUCCAACGUGCCGGAAGUGACGGUCGUGGCCGAUGCGUACAUGCCCGGCAGCAAGUCGUCGGAUUUGAUCAAACCGCCGGCAACGAAUGGAUCGAGUGCAACACUCGACAAACCGGCUCUGCCAGCAGGUGAGUUCCGGGUGUACAAACGGCGCUGGAUAGUGCUGGCCAUCUUCGUGAUGUAUUCCGCCUCGAAUGCACUGCAGUGGAUCCAGUACAGUAUCAUCGCAAACAUCGUGCAGCGAUAUUACAACAUCACCAGCACCUGGGUCGACUGGACGUCGAUGAUUUUCAUGAUCCUGUACAUUCCGCUCAUCUUUCCGGCCAGCUGGAUUCUGGAUAAAUUGGGACUUCGAAUUGCGGCCAUAAGCGGUGUGCUGGGUACGUGCCUCGGUGCCUGGGUCAAGUGUUUCUCCGUCAGCCCGGACCUGUUCUGGGUGGGCUUUGUGGGCCAGUCGAUCGUGGCCGCCUCACAGGUGUUUAUCCUGUCGCUUCCGGCCAAGGUAGCGGCCGUCUGGUUCGGACCGGAUCAGGUGUCGUCGGCCUGCAGCAUCGGUGUGUUCGGUAAUCAGCUCGGUAUAGCGGUCGGGUUUCUUGUGCCACCGAUGCUGGUGGAAAACCAUGACGACAUCAGCCUCAUCGGUGAUGACCUACGGCUGAUGUUUUACAUUGUGGCCGGCGUCACGACCGUGCUUGUCGUGCUGGUGCUUUUCUUCUUUAAGGCAUCGCCACCGACACCUCCGUCCGCUGCACAGGAAGCCACCAAAACGCCCAACCCGCUGCAAUCGUCGCCGUUCCUGCACUCGAUCAAGCGGUUGAUGCUUAACCGGAACUACGUGCUGCUGCUCAUCUCGUACGGCAUGAACGUGGGUGUGUUCUAUGCCAUCUCCACGCUGCUCAAUCAGAUUGUCCUGACACAUUAUCCCGGGCACGAGGUUGAUGCUGGCCGUAUCGGUGUGUGUAUCGUGUUUGCUGGUAUGCUGGGAUCCGUUGCCUGCGGUAUCGUUCUCGAUAAGACGCAUCGAUUUAAAGAAACUACACUAGCCGUCUACAUUUUCACCAUGAUUGGUAUGUGGAUCUACACGUUCACCCUUUCGGUGGGUCACAUUGCUGUGGUGUACGUCACCUCCUCCCUGUUGGGCUUCUUCAUGACCGGUUACCUACCGGUUGGGUUCGAGUUUGCGGCCGAGCUGACGUACCCGGAACCGGAAGGCACCUCGACCGGGCUGCUGAAUGCCGCUGCCCAGGUGUUUGGUAUCACCUUCACCAUGCUCUACUCCGAGCUGCUCAACACGAACGGUGACAUCGUGGCGAACGUAACGAUGGCUGUGAUGCUGCUGGUCGGUUCGAUCGUAACCGCCGUCAUACGGUCCGAUUUGAGGCGUCAGGCCGCUCAAAACCCGAACCCGUAAGCUGGGGUUCUUGGGCCGGUGCCAUCGGGAGUCACCCGUUUUGCUAAGAUAAGUGAAAUGUUAAAUGAAUAGGUUAGGGUUCGCGUUUGGGGUCGGUCGGCAAAAGAAGAUGAUGAUGAUUCUUCGUUGCUUCGUUUUGAGUUCGUUGUUGGAAUGUGGGAAAUUGUUUUACGUUUUUCGAGUUAUUUUAUUUCUAUCUGAUUGUUAUGUUUAAGUUCUUUGAAUCGUAUUGAAGUGCAGAAAAAUUCAACUUUGUUGUCUUUAAACACAUCUUUAAGAGCAAUUAAGAGUGCCAAGUCACCAGCUCAUUAAGGAGUAAAAAAUAACUAAUCACCCGGAAAAGAACAACUUGUCGUACAACUUGGCCAAAUACUUCCGGUUGAACAGGGAUAGCAACGAGUCUCAAGCGUUGGCCAUGAAACUUUUUACUCCUAAAGUUGCUCAGCAUGAAAAACUCUGCUCUGAAAAGCAGCAUGUUUCGUUAAUCCAUCGCGAUAAGAAAAGUCUUCCCAUUGUACCGGUUUCUUGUUUUCUGGUCGUUAAAAAUGCUUCCACCUUCUUUAUUCCCACGAUAGAAAUCAAUCCGUAAUGAUUUUUUUUCGGCAUUGAUAAGCACAAGGAGAAGAGGAACACAGCUUUUCCCCUGGUACUUGGUGCCCUGUUACCAAAGUGUGGCUAAUUUUCCAAACAACUUGACGUCCUCGUCCACCAAGCGUCAAUUAGAAGGUCGGUUUUCUUUUUCUUUCUACUGUAUUUUUAAGGCCCUUCUUAACUUUCCUCCCUGCGGUGGACGGUUUUGAAUUUUGAACUUUUCUCCCUCAUUUCCUGUUUUUUUUCCAGGAGUGCUCUGGAAUGUCCAAUAAUCCUUCAUUUCCUCUUGCCCAUGAAAUAGCCACAGGCAUUUACGCUUGGCGCGUUUUCCCGCAAAAAGCAACCAAAAUCCCACCCGGUUCCAGGCUGUUACACUUUUUGAAGGGUUUUUUUGUGUAAUGGGGAGGCAGCUAUUUCUCGCUCGCUUCCAUCGGAUAAGAAAUUUCUACUCAUUUUCCAAGCCAUACAAGUGGUAUAAUUUGAGGCCGUCGUUUUUUUUUUUGGUGGUUUCGUUAUGGAAACCUCACUCAAAGCUUCUGGAGUGUCCUAACGGCUACUGAUACCAGCAUCUGUUUAUUUGUAUAUUCCCCCGUUCAUCCUGUUACUUUUUAUUACCACGACAAAUCUUCGCCUUCCUGGUCGGAAGGAAAUCUAACCUUGAAAAGCUUCUUCUAUUUUCGGAAAGGCGGGAAAUAAAGCGGGAAAUCCUUUUGCGCAAAAUAGGAAAUCAUUUUACUGCACACUCGACGUUUUGAUUUGUGAUUUUGAAGGGCGAACUGGUUUCCUUGACUUUAAUCUGACGCUUCCCGUUGGUUGCGAAUAUAGUUGAAUGAAGUUUGUUCUUGGUUUUCUUUUCAAAAGGAAGAGCUUACAAUUGAUAAAACCUAUUCUGCAAACCAAAUACAAUUAAAACUGCUCGGAAAUUCCAUGUUUUUUUGCGGUUUGUCCUAAAGAGAACCGUCAUUACUGGUAAUUACGGAAUCUGGUAUCUCUUUGUACAGGCCAGUUUUCAAUAUUUGAUUAUCCGGGUUCUUAGCUUAAAGAUUUUGGAUUAUCCGUGUUAGACGAUAAUUUUUGCUACGGUUUAUCCGGGUAUUUGACACAUGCAUACUAAGAACAUCGAUGAACGUCAGUUUUGCGCUCUGUUUUACGUUCUUACAAGCACACAUUUUACCUCUUUUCAGUGCGCUUUAGUAUAAUAUUUCGGAUGCUUAAACAUAUUUCCUCUGCUCCUCCCAAGAACAACAAUACAGCGCACGCCCCCUUUAUAAUCCUUCCGACGGGAUUAGGCUCAACAAUGCGAUCAUUUCGAUUCAAAACCCCAUCCCUUGUCAGCUGAGAAAAUUUCUUCCCUAGCAACAGGAUUCCUUUAUUCCAUUAGGGCAGGCUGGCUGCGAUGCGGCAAGCUUAAUGCUGGGAAAGCCUGUAAGUGUGACACAAAUUGAAUUUCUUCCGAACGGCCUACUUCCAUGGUUCGUUGCGCCUGGAGAAGUAACCCUUCUUCGUGCGUUUCGAGGGCUCGUUCACUCAACCGUUCCGCACUAAAUCCAACUGUGCCAUGGAAACGAUAAUUAACAAGUCAAUUCAAACACUUCUGCUGCCGUGCGGAUAAGAAGCUCGAUACAGGUUCUCGGUUAAGAUCAGCUCGAACUCGGUGCACUACUAUUUGCAGAGCGGCAAUGCAAAUGCUUACAGCUCUGGUCGCCACCAGAGCCAGACGGUGGACAAGUGGUUUGGAAAAUGAGAGUGUAAUUAAUUUUCCCUACCAUUUGCUACCAGUUCUGAUACGAGCUUCCGGAACGAAGAAAUCGAUUCGUUUCUGGUGCUAGAAUUGGAUACGAAUCGUUCUUUAGUCCCGACAAUGGAAUCGGUGAACGUGACUCAAUUCGAUACACGAGAUGGCCAUUGAUUUUACUACCCUUUUUUCUUGAUUUUGAUGCUUUAAACAUCUUCUGAACGAAAAAACGAUAGAAAAGAUUCGAAAGAGGGCUAAGAAUAAAUAAUAAUUGUUAGAGCGAAUUUCAUGUAACAGCACAAUAUCGCUAGGGUACGCUUAGCGAACCUCGGUAGUCGAGCUGCCAAUCGAUAUUAGGGUGUAUGCGUGUAGAGUAAUUGUAACAAAAAGCUCCUCGAUAACAUCAACAAUAUUGACUCUUGUGUGAGCUUUGGGGUAAAUUAAGUAAGGAACAACAGUGUCCGUAGAGUGCACGUGCAAUAACACCUUUACCAUAGGACUGCUGUCACGCACAUACUAACACACACCCUCCCAACAUCCAACAGAAGCGUAUUUAUACCCUCGCCAUGUGAAUCGGUAGUAUUAGCUGUGAUAACAAAGGUAACAGAACUAAACACACACACACACACAAAAUAGAACAAGCCAGUAGAAACUUGUUAAUGAAUGUUGAUCGUAUAAAGGAGAGGAAAAUUAACAGAAAACAAAUAAAAAUUAGACACGUAGUGUAGGAAGUGCUAGUGAAUAGAAGAAAAGAAAAACCCGAAAGACAUUACCAGUAGAACUGUGGACAAUAAAUAUAUUACAGGCGUGUUGGAUAUAUUUGAAGCGAGCGAUUUCAUUGCAUGCUGCUCGGUGUAUGAUAAUAAGUAAAAGCAAAACCACACUAACGGUAUGCAUGUUAUAUUUACAAUGUUUCACCCCUAGAUUUUAGUGCCACGAGGAAAACAGAAAACACUGCUUUUGAAAAACUAGACAUCUAGAAAAAUACUGGAAAGACUAGAAUUGAAUGAUAAUAAACGAAGGAAAGUGAACAUGUGUGUGUGUCUAUGUGUAAGCGAUGUUAGCUCGUUGAAGUAGCAUCCAUUUCCUUUCCUCACAUCACAUGAGUAUUUUUAGUGGUAGUGGAUGGAAUCCAACGGUACACAACACAGCAAACACACGAGCAAUCCACCACAAAAAACCCACGACAAAAAAAAACAACCAACCACAAAUUGACAUACCUAAUGACAAUACACAUCAAAUACCUAAAACGUGCAAACACCCACAGAUUUUAACAUUAGAGUAGUUAUAUCGAUGAGAGAGAGAUAAAAAAACAAGACAAAAACACACAAAAAAAGUUGUUAAAUGCUUAAACCAAUGUUAGAAAGCAGGUAUCGCCGAGCAAGAUAAUAAAAUGCCAACAAUAAUAUAAAGCAAAAGUGACAUAUUGCAAGCACAUAGUGUAGAAUAUUUAUAUACAUGUGUGUAUGUGUGAAUGGUUUUUAAUUUUUGUUUAGAUAAAAUGCACUUGUUAAAAAAUGAUUGAAGCAACAACGGUGACAAGGAUAUGGGAAUGGUGAACGAACGAGUUUUUCGCCCCAGUUAACGUUCCUACCGUCAUUUUGUACCACGCGUAAGUGAUUUGUGGAAAAGGUUUAUAAAACGAACGAGAAAUAAAAUAAAAUUAUUCAAGGCCAAUUGCUCCCAAAGGGUUAACAGGAGUGCGUGUGUGUCAGUUUGGUUUUCGCAUUGUGCUAGGUGCCAAGUAGAGUUAUAGAAAAGGUAAUAAAAAAGAAACCAAAAAUAUAAUAAAAAAAACAUUUAUCCCUAACGUGUUACUAGUUUUAUAUUGUGAGUAAACAAGAGUGAAAAAAUUGAAAAAGAAGAGGACAAAAACUACGUUUCAAAAACGUUAAACUGUUAUUAACAAGUGCAUGAAGAGAAGUUUAAAAUGAAAGCAAAAAACAAGAAAAGAAACAAACAGAAGGAAAGAAAAAGUAACAACAAGGAAACAUUUUAGAGAAAAAUGAAAGUAGACUAGCAACGUUGAAAAGUAAAGACAAUAAAUGCAAAGCAAAGUAAACGAAGCAGAAAAACACCGAGGAGUUGUGCACGGAUCCUACAGUCAGUAUUAAAUGGAGCAAUGGUUUUUACUUUUAUCGCAGCAAGUUGAAUAACGGAAGAAACCCUAUAAGAAAAAGAAACACAACCAAAAAAAUAACUGUUCAAAAACCACUUACUAACUAGCUUCUAUUGUCCUGCUCGCAACCAAAAAAAUGGCCAACGUCAGUAGUAAUUGAACUUGGAAAACAUUAACUGCUCUAUUUCUAUAAGCAUGCGAAACACUCACACUAACCUAACCUAUAUUCGCUCACUACACUUUUUAGACCUAGUGAAGAAACCAUUGGUAGAAGUCUUGAACGGGGCUUGAUAGUGCCAAUAAUAAAGGCUGUAAUAACUUUGAUGUGAACCAUAGCUGUCAAACCGGUCCAGAAGUGUCAAAAGUGACAACAAGAAAACACACAAAUACUUAGAAAGAAAAAACAAUAAACGUGACACACAAAACGAGACAAAAUUUGAGGAAACAAAAUGUAAGUGGGCAAAACUACAUGUUUAGACGCUACCAGUUAGGUUCCAUAAGCUACAAAACCCAUUCCAGUGAAUUUUAGAGCGAAGAGCCCAGUUUUACUACUCAAAAUCCAAACAACGUGUGUAUGUGUGUGAGCUAAAAAUAAAGUCAUCGUCAUGAUAACAAUUUAUCAAUCCUUAA